AUUCAUAAGUUACAUAUGAUCAUUUGUAGCAAAAAUGAUAUUAGAACUUGGAUAUAAGAUUUAUCUCACCAUCGGCACCUUCUGGUUAUGGUGGUGGGAAGUCGAGAACCAAAGAGACGAACUCGCUCGCACAGUUCUCACCAUUUCAGUUCCGACACUACUAAUUCUAUGGUACAAAUGGAAAGUUUCGUAUUCCAGAAAGCGCAUACCACCAGGUCCCUUCGGCUUACCUGUUGUAGGCUACCUCCCGUUUCUUGGCUCCAAUUUGCAUGAAAGAUUCACAGAGAUGGCUCACCGAUAUGGACCCAUAUUCAGUCUCCGGCUUGGAAGAAAGCUUCAUGUUGUGGUGAACUCGAUUGACUUUGUAAAGGUCGUGGGUCAUGACCUUGACCAGACGUUUGCUAACCGCAGCCCACCACUCACAGCGUUGACCAUCACUUAUGGUGGGAACGAUAUUGUAUGGUCCAACAACAACAAACACUGGCGUAACAUGCGUCAACUUUUGGUUAGUCAUGUGUUGAGCAGUGCAAAUGUCAAUUCAUGUCAGAGUUUUCGAACACAUGAAGUGAGAAAGACUGUGAACGAAGUUUACACUAAGCUUGGUGAAAAGAUCGAUGUUAAUGAAAUUGCUUUCAUGACUGAGGUCAACGUGGUGACAAGCAUGUUAUGGGGUUGUAGCAAAUCUGGUGAAGCGAAGGAUUCUAGUGAUAUUGGAGAUGGGUUUCGAGAAGUUGAGUUCAAGAUCAUUGAGUUGAUAGGAGCGCCAAACCUAUCUGAUUUUCUCCCAAUCCUAUCGUGGUUUGAUCUACAAGGAAGGCAGCGAGAAAUGCAGAAGCAACUGGAAUAUGUUGAUCGGAUAUUUGAAAAGAUUAUCCAAGAAAGAAUCAAAGCCAACUCCAGUAAAAUCGAGGGAAUUGUUGAUGAAGAUCGAAGGAAGGAUUUUGUGGAAAUGUUGUUAGAGCUUAAAGAGCAGAAAGAUGCUCCAAAGGCAAUCAACAUCAUUCAAAUUAAGGCCCUGUUAAUUAACAUAGUGGUUGCGGCAACAGACUCAACAUCAACAAUGGUAGAAUGGGUGAUGGCAGAAAUUUUGCAUAAUCCAGAUGUAAUGAGAAAGGUUCAGGAGGAAUUAACAAAGGUUAUCGGCAUGAACAUUGUUCAAGAAUUUCAUCUACCCAAAUUGACAUACUUGGAUGCAGUCAUCAAGGAGACAUUCAGGGUACACCCUCCACUUCCUCUCCUAAUUCAAAGAUGCCCAGAUGAAUCCUGCAUGGUAGGUGGAUACAUCAUUCCAAAGGGUAGUAUUGUCUAUCUUAACAUUUGGGCAAUCCAUCGGGAUCCCAAGAACUGGCCUAAUCCAUUGGAGUUCAAGCCGGAGAGAUUCUUGAACAGCAAAUGGGAUUACAAUGGAAAUAAUUUAAAGUUUUUGCCAUUUGGAGUAGGGAGAAGAAUAUGUCCGGGAAUCUCACUUGGGGAGAAGAUGUUGAUGUAUAUAUUAGCAUCGUUGUUGCACUCGUUUGAGUGGAGUUUGCCAAAAGAUGAAGAGUUUGAGCUUUCUGAUGAGUUUGGACUUGUGACAAAGAAAAGGAAGCCACUAAUAGCUGUACCCUCUCAAAGAUUAUCUGAUGCAAGCCUCUACUCUUCUUAUUAAAGAUUACUAAUAUAGUUAAAGGCUAUUAUUGUUAACAUAAAAAGAAUGUAACUUCCUGCUUCAAUCUCUUUAUUUCUUGGAAUUAUGUUUUGUAAAAACAUUUCCUGAAAUUCUGUUCUUUUGUGGUUAUCUGUUUCUGUUCAUCGCAUUACAUAUCAACUUUGGAAAGGAUGUGAAGGAAACCAAAUACCAUUCUCUGA